AUGGCGACCUGCCGCAAGAUGGCGCGCGCCGACGUUGCCGAGCUGAAGCAGCGCCUGGUGAAGCGGCUGGGCCGGGAGCGGGCGGCCAAGUACUUCGCGCACCUCACCAGGCUGCUGAAUCUGAAGCUCACCAAGGUGGAGUUCGACAGGCUCUGCGUCUCCACCAUCGGCAAGGAGAACAUCGCGCUGCACAACGCGCUCAUUAGGGGGAUCAUAGGCAAUGCUCUGUCGGGGGUGCCUCCGCCCAGCCGGCAGGCGGUGACGGGCCAGUCGGGCACCACCACCGCCCCGAGUGGGCAGUGCGUCGGCGUCGUGCUGCCGGUGGUGGGGAAUGUGGGGGCAGUGCUUGAUUCGGGUGAUGGUGAGCUGGCGAGGGAGCGGGGGGCGCCGGUCGGGAAGGUGGUGUCCGUGGAAGAUGGGGAGGAGGUGGAGCAGGUCAGGUCUGCUCCGUGCGUCCAGAGCCGGAGCCCGAUAACAACGCCAUUGGGGAUUUCAGUCGCUGGCGGCAGUGGUAUGAGGGUAAGGAGGAGGUUGGAUGAUCCAGUGGCGGCAUGCUAUGAUUCUGGACAUUUGCUGGAUACGAGUUCUCUGUGCGAGGGUUUGCAGCGGCGGCUGCACAGCAACGGCACUGGAGUGACGGUGCAAGCCGUCGAUGCUUUGAAUCGUGGAUUAGAUGAGUUGUUGCGAAGGUUGAUUAAACCGUGCGUGGAUUUGUCGAGGGUAAGAGCCAGCAGUAGAAGAAUUAGCAAAGUCAAUGAAAGGUUUGCUGGUAGAAUGAAUUCGUUGCAACAACCAAAUCAGGGUCACUGUACAACGUUGCAAGAUUUUGCAGUUGCUGUGCAAUCUGAUCCACGUUUGCUUGGUCCAAAUUGGCCCACACAAAUCGAGAAGAUACAGUCAAUGUCAUUUGGAGGAGAGUGA